AGCAAAGACUCAAAAAAAAAAAUUUGACAAGAAGAUGGACGUUUUUCUGCGCUGCUGCAAACGGUCAGUAAUCAGCGUCUCAAAAACAAACAUUGUGUGUUUGGAGAUGACGGCUGUGACCGGCGAGUAUUUGAGCUGCUGUUGUCUUUCUGACACCUCAGUCUGUCCGUUCUCCUCUGACUGCUGACAUCUCUGAGGCCUUUUCUGUCCCCACACCUGGCACAAAAUGGACAUUUGACCCCUCUUUAAUAUGCAACCGGGGCAACAAAUUUAUGGUUGAGUUAUUUCCAAUUCUUCCGCUUUGUUAUAUUACCAUUUAGUGUCAAUAAACUUCAUGACUGGACUUACUGAGCAGAAAACUGAAAAUCUGACAUGGAAACCGGACCGGCCUUGUCCACUGCUCCAGGCCGUAGGAUAUAUGUGAAAAGUGACAUUAGGGAUCUCUUUUCUCUGUCAGAUGUUCUCUAUGAAGAUCAGUUUGAAGGAGAUGAUCCAACGUUUACAGAACAAGAAGAAGAAAACUUUUACAGGGGGGCCCCUCCAAACUGGCUGAACUUUCACAUUAACGAGCAGGAAGCAUCAUCUGGCACUGGAACGCUUUUUAUCAAACGGGAUGGAUUUGAAAAACUCAAGGAGGAAAUUCAAAUGAAAAGAAAACUCCCUGCGAUGUCCACAGUAAAACUGUUCCACCAGUCAGGAAGCGGAGGGACUACAAUGGCAAUGCAGGCGUUGUGGGACUUAAAGAAAACCUUCCGCUGUGCAGUUCUUACAAACUCGGCCUCAAACACCACAAGAGUGGCGCAGGAAGUGGUCCAUCUUUUUACGGCAGGCAGUCUCGGUCACCAGAACACAGUACUGCUGUUACUAAAUGAUGAGCAGAUCCUUGACAAGCUCCAAGAGAGCAUUAUGAUGACCGUCAAGAAACAAAACAUAGUCACCCACAUGCCUGUGGCAGUUUUACUAAGCUGUGUGAGAAAGGAUAUCCUGCUACAAAGUAAAAAUGUUUUCCUAAAAAGAGAGCUGUCAGAGAACGAACAGCAGAAAUUCAAUGAAAAGAAGAAGGAGCUCACUGAAAAGUACGGCGAAAAGAUCAGAGAGUUCCACGGCUUUAACAUAAUGCAGACUAAUUUCUCAGAAGAAUACAUCAACAAAGCCUGCCAGAUAAUUAGAUCUUGUUCAAAAGCACGGAGACCCUUGAAGGCCGCUGCCUUUCUAUCCUUACUGAAUGCCUAUGUACCAGGAUCCUAUCUGCUGGAAUCUCAGUGCCUCGACUUCCUCAAGGAGGAAAGCAACGCUUUUGCAGACGUAUCAACGAAAGACAAAAUGCAGCCCUUUAGUCACCUCAUUGUCACCUUCCAAGAAGAUGAAAGAACAGAGAGAAAGGUCCGUAUGGCUCACCCACUGAUAGCAAAGUGUUGUACUGAAGUCCUGGCUGAUAAAGGAGUGACAAGAAGUGACACAGCAAGAAACUUCCUGAAUAAUUACGACAAAUAUGAGGACCAUGGGACGUUCCCAAUAUAUUUGCUUAAUUUCAUUAAAGACAUGUUGACCAAAAGAGAAUUUAAAACAAAACUUGACCCAAACAGCAGCUUAGAGGUUAAGGGGGAAAAAGAGAGAUUUUCAAAACUCAUUCUGGAUAUCCAACAAGAUGACAAGGUCCAGUGUGCGCCCGUCUUAAAGGUGGCAUCAAAUAAAUUUCCUCACGAUCCCUUUUUUCCUCAAGCUCUUGCUCGUUUCUACUACAUAGAGUUAAAAGAUUACAACCUAGCCGAAAUGUGGGCAAAGAGAGCAAAGGAAAGAGAUCCCCAAAAUUCCUUCAUCGCUGAUACUUUGGGUCAGGUCCACAAGAACUGCCUCAAGAACAUAGGGGAAACUUCAAACCCAAGACAAGUCUUGCUGCUAGCCAAAAAAGCUAUUGAGGCUUUCAAGCAUGAAGAACAACUUGCGGAAGAAGAACAUCAGAUGGACAUCUCUGGCGAUAGGACAGUUCAAUUCUCAAAUAUGUUCAACUGCAGAGGGCAGUUUGGGUUUGUACAGGUCUGCAACCUUCUCUAUGACUUACUUGUGAAGAAAAACGAACGAUGGGAAGCAGUUCUUACAAAGAAGGUGUCCUUUGGUUCUGUCCUGAAAGAAUUUGGAGACAACAAACUUUACAGAUUCAAUGAUCUGGUAAACAACCUUAAAGGAGACCUUCAGAAAAAAGCUGAGUUUUUUGCAGAGUAUCUGACCUUCUCAAAGCUCAGCAUAGAGAGAGAUGACCCUGAAUACAUUUCGGAAGAAACCUAUGAAUGUCAAAAAAAGUUUGUUGGUUACUCACUGUCAGCAGAGGUCAUACCAAACACCAAUCAGUGUAAGCAUGAGCUUCAGCAGAACCUUGCAACAACAUCUGCAGGAGUGCUUGCAUGCAUGGACAGAGAGUACUCUGAAGAUCUACUCAAGUGUAUAGCCAAAGGUUGGAAAAAAGUAUGGUCAAAGACAAAGUCCAGAUCAAAUGAAGCCAACUACAUUCUGGCUUACAUUUUGUCCCGGAACUUGAGAGCAACCUUUCCUGAUUCUCCUGAAGCUUUAAUUCAAAGUUUCAAACAGGGAAAACCGCCGGAUCACAGUAAUCCUCCUGAGCAGCACAUGCUAGCCUUACUUUUGUCGUGGCCCGCAAACAGUGAAAAUAAAAGUAGCUUUGAUCUGAACCAACAAAUCCAGGAAAUGGGCCGCUCAUAUGAAAAGGCAUACCGGAAGUACUUUAGAUCAAGAUACCUCCUACCUCUGUUUUUCAUCGGAAAAGGACAAGAUCUGGACAGACUUGUUCACAGAAAAGUUCUCGAGCAUCUGUUCUUUGAGCACAGCCAAGGAACGGAUUCAGACUGCAAAAUGAAAGACUGGACAAAUGAAGACAUAUUCAAAGAUGGCAAGGUCAAAGAACGCCUGAUCAAGUUUGAAGGGGUAGUAAGGAACUACAGUUUGUUCCUUCCUGUUGGUAGCAAACAGAUUGAAAUUGAAGCCAAUCUACAAAGAAGUCUCUGGAAAGCACGGCAAGUUUCCUUUUUCCUUGGAUUCACCAUCAGAGGUCCAGUGGCCUUUGACAUCCAGACUAAAAAGGUAGAAAGAGAGCUGAGAGAGUUGGAAGGUUCAAACCCAGAAGAACCAGUCUGAAGGCCCGUCCCUUCCACUACGUGACUGUUAUUUUCUCUGAAAUCUACAUUUUUUUCUUCUAUUUGUUUAUCUUUCAUUCAUAAGUCGGUUUUUCAUGUUACAUCAGUCUUGUUUUUGGCUUUGGUAGUUUGGAUUUGUGGGUUUGUUUGGGUUAAUCAGAGGGACCUGAAUGCAGUGGACAAGAACACUAGAAGAAGUUACCAAUUGAUGUCGUCUCCCUAUUUUUGUUUUGUCGGCUGAGGUCAGUUUUUGUUUUCUUUUGUCAUUUUGUAAGAUUUAUUUGAAUCAAACUUUGGUGAAAUUGUUGCAACCUAUUGUUAUGUUCUAAGUGAAUGAGUCAGUUUAGUAGGUACUUUGUUGUUGAUCAAACAUUUUUGUUAAGUUAACUUUAAAUCUACAAAGAAUGUGUGUGAAUAAACAUAAGGGAAAUGCAGUGAAGUAAAUUUAAUGUUUGAGAUGUUAAAAAAUAAAACUUGAGAUUUUCCUGUGUUAAAUAUUUUUGGUAAAUUAGCAGUUUCAUCUUGCCUCUGAACUUGAGUUAACAUAUGGGACAAUGUACAGAAACAAUCAUGUCAAAAGACUUGCUAUGCAUCGUAUUUAGCCACUAGCUAAGAUCUAUCUGUAGUUUUACUGAAACAAAGCAGUAUAAAUUAAAUGCGAUAAAAAUCCACACACAUACUAAGCUAAAACAUUACUGAGCCGAUAAAGAUAUUUCAUUGUGUGCAGUUUAGCUUUCCAACCGUUGCAUUUAUAUUCUUAAAUUGGACAUCGACUAUCUUGAGCACCAAUUCAAAACAUCUGCAUUUACAUUUUGACGAGGUAAAGAAAAAUUCAAAAUAUUCGAAUACAUUUUGAC